AUGAAGUGGACUAUUCUCGGGCUGUUAGUCCACUUUGUGGCCGCCCAGGGGACUGGCAACCCAGCGGUACCCUACAAGGAACGUGUUGAGUCUUACUGGUCUGCCAGUGCCCGGUUGAAUCCGUGGUGUUUUGUCCAACCACAGACUGUAGGCGAGGUCUCGCUUGCCUUGACAACGCUCGCAGCUGCUGGCCAAGGUGCUGGUGAUUGGCACAUUGCCAUCCGCGGCGGGGGACACAGUUUUCCCCCGGGCGUCAACAACAUUGAAAAUGGCGUUACUAUCGACAUGGGCUUAUUCAAUCAGACCACUUACAAUGCCGGCAGCGGCCUUGCCUCGGUCGGGCCCGGCGGUCACUGGACAGGAGCGUACACUGAGCUCGCAAGGAGCAAUGUAACAGUUGUAGGCGGUCGGGAAGGUCAGGUCGGCAUUGGUGGCUUUCUUCUCGGUGGCGGCAAUUCUUAUUACACAUUCCGUCAGGGUUUUGGGUGUGACAACGUCGUCAACUUUGAGGUUGUAUUGGCCGACGGCAGUCUCGUUAACGCCAAUUCCACCUCUCAUCACGAUCUGUAUAGAGCGCUGAAAGGAGGCAGCAGCAACUUUGGCAUUGUCACGCGUUUCGACCUAAACACAUUGCCUAAUACUCCAUUGUGGGGCGGUAUACGGACGUACGAUUAUAACUUAUAUGCCGACGUCGCUCUGGAAAGCAUUGCUGAUUUCGCUAACGCCGAUGAAUCCCAAGGCGACAACGCCCUCAUUGUGCUGAUUGUGACCAGUGGUGACACUACUAUUUCCCUCCUCACUAAUCAAAUCAACACACAAGGCGUGACAGACGCACCCAGCUUCGCAAAGCUGUCUUCACUGCCUGCUUUGACAGACUCUAUGCAAAUAGCGACCGUGGGUGAGCUGACGGGGUCUGGAGGAACACCUGCUGGAUUACGGAAUGUGUGGUUCACGUCCACAUUUGGUGCUGAUACCGACCUGCUCAGAACUGUCAAGGGACUCUACGAAGAUUUCCUUGCGGACUUGUGGACCUUACUGCCCGCCGACACCUUCGAAACCCAAAUAGUCUUUCAACCUAUUCCUUCAUACUUAGCACAAGCCGGCGAGAGGAAAGGCGGCAAUGUUCUCGGCCUCGAUUCUUCGUUGAAGAAGAACGCCGUCCUCUUCCUGCUCACCUUGAAAACGAAAACAGCGGCGGACGAGGCAGUCAUACACGCACGAGGUGGUGUAUUCUUUGCCAAGGUCGGCGAGGCCGUGAAGGCUUCGGGAAACAGUCUCCCUUUUGUCUAUCUUAACUACGCCAACCCCAGUCAAGACCCAUUAGGUAGUUACGGUGCCGAAAACAUCGAGCUCAUCCGGGAAGUCUCUGCAAAAUAUGACCCGCAGGGCUUCUUUCAGCGACGAGUACCAGGAGGGUUUAAGAUCUCUCGUGUAGCUUGA